AUGCAAUCCGCCGUGCAGCGUGUAGCACGUCGCGCAUGUGGCUCAACUUUUGUACAUGGACGUCGUGCUGUGCAGCGCACGAUAUACCAUCGUGGAGCACUCUUGACACCACGAUUGAUGCAGUGCAGUACCAAAUUUCCGCUGUCUGUCCAGCAGUUCAGCGCCUGUUUUAGCACCACCGCAUCGGACGACAAAGCUAAUCGCCAUGAGUUCCAGGCUGAGACCCGUCAGCUUCUGGAUAUUGUGACACACUCUAUCUACACGGACAAGGAUGUGUUCAUUCGUGAGCUUAUCUCCAAUGCGUCUGAUGCACUUGAGAAGCUUCGUCACUUGCAGUCGACGGGAGCAGAUAUUAGGAAUGCUGAGUUGGAACCAAAGAUUGUGAUAACCACGGACGAGAAGGCUGGUACGCUGACCAUUGCCGAUACGGGUGUGGGUAUGUCAAAGGAUGAGCUUAUUAACAAUCUUGGUACGAUUGCACGCUCGGGAUCUAAGGUGUUCUUGGAGCAGUUGAAAGAAACUUUGCCUGGUGAGUCGGGCGAUGCGCUUAGCGGCAUCAUCGGGAAGUUUGGCGUUGGCUUCUACUCCGCUUUUAUGGUUGCCGACAAAGUGGAGGUCUUCUCGCAGUCGGCGGUAUCCGAUUGCCAGAGUCAUUUGUGGCGCUCGGACGGCAGCGGGUCAUACGAGGUCACCGAGGCGAACGACGUCACGCGUGGCAGCAAGAUCGUGAUCCACUUGAAGGACUCCUGCAAGGAAUUCGGCACGAAGACCAAGGUGGAGUCUAUCAUUCGGCGCUAUUCGAAUUUUGUGUCAUUCCCAAUUGUAUUGGAUGGCACUGCGGUCAACACGGUCCAAGCGCUUUGGACGAAGAGCGAGAGUGAUGUUACUGACGAGGAAUAUACCGAAUUUUACAAGUUUAUCGCUAACGCGUUUGACGAACCAGUGUUCCGCCUAAUCUUCAAAGCGGAUGCUCCGAUUGAGCUGAAGACUCUUUUCUUUAUCGGUUCUUCUCACACGGAGAAGUUUGGCUACGCUCGCCUGGAGCCGGGUGUGAGCCUUUACUCACGAAAGGUUCUUAUUGAGCGUAACUCGCCCGACAUUCUUCCUGACUGGAUGCGUUUCGUGCGUGGUGUCGUUGACAGCGAGGAUCUUCCGCUCAGCCUAUCGCGUGAAAAGAUGCAGGACAGCCGCUUGAUUCAUAAGAUUCGUGACGUUUUAACGCGAAGAAUUGUUCGUUUCUUGGAGCGUGAGGCGACAAAGGACCCAGAAAAGUUUGAAAAGUUUUUUGUAGAGUUCGGCCAAUUCAUUAAGGAAGGCAUCUGCACAGAUUUCGCGAACAAAGACGCCUUGGCAAAGCUGCUACGCUACGAAUCUAGUCAAGUGGAUGAAGGCAAGUUGACGACCCUGGACGAGUAUGUGUCGCGGUGUCCACCGGACCAGAAUGAGAUCUACUACUUGUGCGCGCCUACGCGAAAAAUCGCCGAGUCGUCGCCAUACUUUGAGGCAUUUAAAAAAAUGAACAAAGAGGUGCUGUUCGUCUAUAGUCCCAUUGACGACUUUGUGAUGACAAACGUUGCCGAAUUCAACGGACGCAAGGUGAUUUCAGCCGAGCACGCGAAGGUAGACAUUGACGGCACCGCCGACAAUGCCUUUGAAAAGAAGCUGUCAAAGGAUGAGCAGGACCUCUUUGGAGCUUGGCUGAAGCUGGCGCUGGAGGAUAGCGUAAAGGAAGUCAGGUUCACUUCUCGCCUAACGGACUCACCAGCAAUUAUCGUGGACCACGAAUCUGCUUCCAUUCGCAAGAUGAUGCAGAUGGUGAAUGAUCGCGCUGGUCAGGACCAAAAUGGUCUUUCCAAGAAUGUGAUGGAGAUUAAUCCGAACCACAGCAUUAUUGUGGACUUGAACGCACUUCGCGAAGUGAACGAUGGUCUCGCCAAGAAAGUGGCCCGCCAGGUUUACACCAAUGCAACCGUAGCUGCUGGUCUUGUGGAAGACGGUCGUACCAUCCUCGGUGGCUUGAAUGAGAUUCUUGCUGAGCUUCUGGAACAGAGCUUGCACAAGAAGGAUUGA